CCGCCUUCCUCCUUCACACAACAUCCCCCCCUACUAUACUGAUCCUCCAUUCUUCCUCUUCCCAUUGAGUCUGCUUUUACUCUUGUACAAUACCCCAUUUGCCUCCUCACAUCUGACCUCCCAACCACACCAUAUUCUCCCAUCUCUCGACUGCGAGCCCUUCCCGACUAUCGCUUCGACUCGACUACUCCUCAUCGUCUCUCGUUAUUCCUAUCCUUGACCGACCCUUGUGACUCUCGUUUGCAUUCGACACUGACACUGACUGAGACACCAAUCCCAUCGCUAUCAACGAGUCUUCUUGACUAUCGUCUCGCUUCCUCCUUACCAACCACAGUUUUGUCAACAUGGCUACCUUGGCGGAACACCCGGCUGUCGCGCCUUCAACCUACGAACAAGACAUUGAAUCGUUCCUGAAUCUAGACCAACUUGCUUACACUACCGCGGAAACUGCUCGAUCAAAGACCGCACUCAUCACCCAACCCACUCUGCCCAGCACUGAAUUCAACGCAGGCGAUGUACGAAGUGCUGGUUUCGCUUCGACAAACCCAACCCCAGUCGCGUUUCAGGCCCCGAGUCACCAGUAUGACGAACAUAAGCAACAAACCGGCCUGCCUCCGGGCGCCUUAGCUCAUGCCAUGACAUUCAAUCACAUGAAUGGAAUGGCAUUUGGUGGUGCAAGCCCCAACUACCCGAUCAGUGGUGAUAUGUUCGCUGGUGGUCAGAUCAAGCGCGAAGAUGCUCCGAUGGAUUUCAACAGCCCCCCGACACGGAACCCUUCCGAGAUGGACCUGGAGUCUGACAAUAUGGGAACCGCCUCGGCCUACUUCCUUUCGCCGAACCCUAGCAACAGAAAUCAAUUCGUGGAUCCAACCGCCUUGAGCGGUCAUGAGGUUGUUCCCGCUGGUCCUUCCACACAAGUAGGUCGCAUGUAUCCUGGUAUGCACCAGCAGCAAGCUGCCAUGGCCAAGGCGGCACAACAACAGAGACAUCAUGAAUUCCUCCGUCAGCAGCAAUUCCAGCAGCAACAGCGUCGAUUGGAUGAGCAUAUGCAUCAGCAUGGGGCUCCUCACAGCCAGACUCCUCGUCCACCCAACCCACUGGUAGAGGAGCGGAUCUCGCGGCUUUUGCAGCAGAUGCGUCAGAAUGCCAUGGGCUCCCCCGAUGAUUCGCCGUCUCCUUCUUCAUCUCUGCCUCAGAUGGCCAAGGCCAAAAAGGACGAGCAGGACAUGGAUGAAGAUGAGCGCCUCCUGGCCAGUGAAGAGGGCAAGAAGCUUAGCAGCAAGGAACGUCGCCAGCUCCGCAAUAAGGUUUCCGCUCGUGCCUUCCGUUCUCGCAGAAAGGAAUAUAUUGGUCAACUCGAAAGUGAGGUGGCCGCCAAAACCAAUGAAGCUCAUGAGCUUCGUCUUCAAAAUCGCGCCCUAUUUGAGGAGAACGGUCGUCUGACUGACCUCGUUCGCACGCUCCUGUCUUCGCCUCAUUUCGGCCAGGUUCUGGACGAACUCAGCGUCGGCGGUGUCCCGAUGUCCAACCAAGCGCAACCACAGCAACUUCCUCAACACCAACAUCAGCCGCUGCCUCAGCCUCAACAGCAAUCAGCACACCCUCAAUCACAACCUCAGCAACAACCACCCACCAUGUCACAACCACCUAUGCAACAGCCUUCUCAGGUUGGCAUGGUCAUGGUUCCAAACCAGGGACUUGAUGCUUCUGCUAUGGGCAUGAACAAUGCUGGUUGGAACUCGGGCAUUGAUAUGAACUUCGGCAAUGCCUCGGUCUUCGCCGUACUGGAGGUCCCUGAGCCAAUUAUCGACUCCGAGUCUUUGUCUGGAAAGUCUUCCACUUUCAUGGAGUCUUGCCUUCCCAACAUCUCUGGUGCAAAGAGUGAAACUCCUGUUCUUGAGUCUCUGCCCGUGGACGCUAAGGGGCCCGUCACUGUCGGCGUCGAGAACCCGGAUGUUAAGAUUGACGAGUCUGAUCCCGCUUUUGCCCUAUUCCUGGACGCGCCCCGUGCUUCUUCCUCGGAUUUCCCCGCGAUCUCCUUUGGGAGUAUUUCAGAGAAGCUGACAGCUACCUUUGAGCUGGUGGUCGAGAACCAGCCUCAGGACUGCGACACUCGGUUUGCUCAGUUCUGCCACAGUAUGGAGGCCGCCUUUGAACGUGUUUCCUUGAUGACUUCUCACCUCUCAUGAUUCCCCUUUUUGCAACUUGAAUUUUACAAUUUUGCGUGAUGUAAGCCUGCUCGUGGGUUGGCUUUCCGAAAUACUCAGGUGUAGACACCGAUGUCUCUCUUUCGUCAAUGAUUUUCUUCUCAAGCUCUCAUUCAUCUGCUUAAAAUGCAGUCUCUUGCACUCAAUCUGGGUUUCCUUUACUUUCCCAUUUUUCCAUUUGUUUUCUUUCCUUUCUUUUCUUUUUGCCUUCAUUACCUGCCUCUAGAUGCUGGAGGUCUCGAAUGCGCUUAUGGGGUUAUAUGGAUCGGUCUAUUUGGAUGCGAAUUUUUUUCAAGGGACGGACUUACAGGAUGGAAGGUACUGGGUACUGGCGGAUAAGGAAACACAAGGCACUCAAUACAGAACAUAUUCAAAAGUUGCUAUCAAAUAUACUGUAAAUAUG